AUGACUGCCAUCCGACUACGAGAAUUUCUUGAGCGCCGUCCGGUGAUUCCUCCCAGUAUAUUCAUUACUCACCAAGGAAAGGACCUCCAAGGCUACUACCCAGGGCAACUGGCAAGACUGCAUCGCGACUCCAGUGCGAAGACAUCCAGACCCAUAGACCUGUCCGUCCCAGCCAAGACGCCGUAUCAGCCUCAGUUAGACCAACACACGCUCGCGCGAUACAUCUGCUUUCGGAGACAUUCGCAGCCCCCGGAGCCGUGGCACAGGGAAACCACUUACCAGAGAGACUUCGCCCUGCCCUUCUACAAGAUCGGCUGGGACCAGAAAUUAGCCACGGUUUCAUCGUGUCCUGCACCACUGAAUUCACUGCCAGGGAUCUACCAGUGCGAAGACAGAAGCAGCUUUGGGGGAAAUGGCUUUAGCUAAAUGAAUCAUGGCAUUCACAUCAAACAGCUUUGGGCAUUCUUAUCGACUCUCAACUGAGCUAGUGGCUGCAGAACUACUUUUAACUUUGAUGUGUAUAUGGGCAACUCUAAUUCUAAAAUGUCUCCAAACUGCCAAUUCUUUUCAAAUGAGGUUGGUCAGCCUAGACCCAGGAACGCUCAUGAUCCAGCCUUCAGAGAAGGGGUUGGGCAGAGCCCUUGCCGAGCUCAGGCCUGGGUCAUUAUGGGUAGUGUGAUCCCACUCCCAUUCCCAAUGUGACCCCCCAGAUUUGCUGGAGAAACAGCAGCAGACACACAACACAGCACCCAGGCAGCGUGCUGGAGACCUUCGUCUAAGCCCGGCGGAAGGUUACCACGUAGCUGGCGCUGUACCAGGCUCCCCCCCAAGCAUGCAUCGCUUUGGCAGGGGGGCCCGGGAAGACCAGCGAACUCCAUAUGUGUAGGCCUGUGGCUGUCCUUCUGCUGUGGUGUUGAGUGGACCAGGCAUUUGGUAAGGUCCCACACGGUAGUUUGGGCAGAAGUAGUACACGUAAGAGAGCCAAACUGGUAUCCAGAGUGUCUAUUACAGGAGCAGCAAAGCGCGCUGCUCAGCUCAGGUGGAAACAAGUCAGCC